CACCCUCUUGUGGUCGCUUCUGUCGGGGAUUUAGCGCGAUUUUUGUUUUAAAAUACUCGUCUGCACACCAGAGAAGUGUCUGCGUCUGGGUCGGCUAUUACGGGCGGGCUUCGGAUAGAAAUGUGACUUCUAAAAACAAACAAAAUGGAGGGCGUUCGUGGGAAGAGGAAGGGGAGGACACGAGAGCAGCGUGGUGCGGGUAGCUCACUAGUCACCUAGAUGUGAAACAGACACCUGUUACCUGCUCUCAUGCGCCACAGGUAUCACGUUGCAGCUCGUUUCUAAGAGCAACAAAGAACCGAGUCUCAAUUCUCCCGAUGACUCACUUCCAUCCGGAUUGAACCGAACAUUCGAAGGAUACAUUUAUAAAGAAUAGAAAAAAGAAAACGAGAGUAACACCGAGGCCGCCACUUGUCAAGCUGCAGAUUGAGCAUGCUUCAGGUGGUCUGAACGACAGAUAUGGGCUCCGGAAGAUCUUACUGGCGGACUCUGUCAGUGGCGGCUCUUUUUUGCCUAUUCUGGACAAUUGAUGGCAAAAUGCCAGAGGUGUGUGGAAAGGUCAAUGGUGUGGCUGAGUUGACUUGCAGCGUUGGUCCACCCCACUCAGCUGACGUGUCAUCCGGGACACCGCAUGUGGUUGAAUGGGUGCGACAAGGGCUCGACAUCCCCGUGUUGAUCAAAUUUGGCUCCUAUCCUCCUCGUGUCCAUCCACAAUAUGAGGGGCGGGUGUCUCUGGUGGACAUCAGCACUCUAAAGCUGGAGGGUCUGCUCCUGGAUGACCAGGGACCGUAUGAGUGUCGCAUCCUUUUAUUCGAUAAACCCUCAGAGGAGCUUCAAAACGGCACCUGGAUCAUGCUUUCUGUAAUUGCGGCCCCACGCUUCACAAAAACCCCACCCGCUGUCCUGGAGACUCUGGUUGGAGGUCACCUCUCUCUUGUCUGUGCUGCCAUCGGCAACCCUCUUCCAACCAUCACCUGGCUGAAAGAUGGCAGUGUGAUUCAAACAGGGAAUGAUCAGGAGGGAGCCUUAUCUCUGACAGCAGUGAACGUGCAGUCGGCGGGACAGUAUACCUGUCACGCUUCCAACUCGGAGGGAAACGCCACUCUCGAGACAAAGGUAAAGAUAAAAGGUCCCCCCGUCAUCAUUGUACCUCCCAAAAGCACCUCCGUCAAUGUAUCCCAGGAUGCACUUCUUCACUGUCAGGCUCUGGCUGACCCCUCAAACAUGACGUACGUGUGGCUGAAAGGAGGAGAAAAUGUCUACUACCUACAGUCGCUGAAGUCGCGCGUGAAAAUCAUGGUGGAUGGAACUCUACUCAUCUCAAGUCUCACCCCAGAUGAUUCUGGGAACUACACCUGUGCACCCACUAAUGGCCUGCUGACACCACCCACUGCCUCUGCCAUCCUCACAGUCAUGCAUCCAGCCCAGGCGCUUCCAAUGCCUCUGGAAACCUAUCUUCCCACAGGCUUGGACGGCAUGGUUAACUGCCCCUUAAUAUCUCAGCCUCCUCUUCUGCGUGUGGAUUGGACUAAAGAUGGAAAGCCACUUGACUUGUCCUUGUAUCCAGGGUGGACCGUGACACCCGAAGGCAAUUUGCUGAUGGCCACGAUCAAUGAUGAUGCAGAGGGAGUGUUUACCUGUACCCCAUUCAACAACUAUGGCAGCAUGGGACAAUCUGGUCCAACACAGGUCAUUCUGCAGGACCCCCCAUCGUUCAGCAUCACUCCAGAAAAGCAGUACAAACAGAAGGUUGGUCGAACCUUGCUUAUCCCGUGUCAAGGCAAUGACGACUCCACAGUUAAAGUCAGUUGGACCAAGGUUGACCUGGCUCGUCACAGAGCUUAUUCCGUCACACACAACGGUUCGCUGUUGCUGCGGCCCCUCGCAAAGGACCACCACGGCAUGUGGGAAUGCAGUCUUUCUAACCGUGUGGCCCUUGUAAAAGCCUUCACUCAAAUCUUUGUCUUGGGCACCAGCCCCCAUGUAGCGACAUCCCUGUCCGUCUCUCCGGGGAUGACGCAGGCCAAUGUAUCCUGGGUGGAAGGCUUUGAUGGAGGUUCAGCGCAGACAUUUUCAGUUUGGGUUAAAAAGAUUUCAGCGCGUGAUAAUGAAGGCAAGCAGGAGUGGUUCUCUGUGCCUGUGCCCUCAAAUUCCGGCACCACCUUGCUGGUGACAGGCCUGUCUCCUGCUACUGAGUAUCAAUUCAGCCUCCUCUCUCACAACAAGGUUGGCGCGGGACCUUUUAGCGAAAUUACCACAGCGCGAACCUUAGAUCCUUCACCAAGCAGAAGUCAGCUCCAGCCGCCUUCCUCGCUGUCAGCCAAUUUGGGCCCAACAGGUGUUGUUCUGCACUGGCUCCUCCCACAAGCCCAAGCCUUAGCCGUCACAGGGUUUGUUCUUCAGUCCAGAGUCGCCGAGCAAGGGGCGUGGAUCAAUUUGGAUGAAGAUAUUAGUGCCCACAGCCGCGAGAUACUCAUUCCAGGUCUGCAAAAGGAUUGCGUACAUGAGCUGAGGCUGCUAACUCGACGCGGUGAGCUGCUGAGCGAGCCCAGUCCAUCACUCAAUGUCUCCACCAUGGGAAUGGAGAUGUACCCUUCGUCAUCCAGACUGCUCGAGUCUCCAGAACCGUUACUGGCCGGCAUUCUAGGUGGAGUGGGUUUUAUGUGUUUGGCGCUGGUCUUGCUGUUGGGGUCCGCCUGCCUCAUCAGUCGCAGGAGGAACCUACGAAACCAAAAGAAGCAGAAUGAACCUCCCCCUGCCAUCUAUAAGCGCUCACCGUCAAUAAAUAUUUCAGACUCCGGCAGUGCAGACACUGUGUUGAAGAAAAGCCUACUUCCAGCCAGUGCUCUCUAUCCCAUCACUUCCUCUACCAUGAAAAUCUCCUCCUCCUCCCCCGCCUCCUCAAACACAGAUUGUUCCUCUUUCAACAGUGAGACUCGACAUCACAAGCAGCAGCUCCUCUCUAAGAACAGAAGAAGCCCAAAUCAAUUUCUGUGUCUAAAAUCAUGCCCCGUUUCUCCUUCUGUUGAGUUGAUCACCAGAAGUCCAGAUGGGCGCUUUGUAAUACCGCCAUAUGACACGCUAAAUAUUCAAAACAUGAAAAGUACAAAAUACAACCAUCCUUUUCAAGUCCAAAAGUCUGUGCCAUUAUGCUCGGAGCAGCGUGACAGUAAAAAUCCACCAUUCGUUCUUUCUGUGGAUCUUGCUCCCUGCAAACAAUCUGAAUCGAAUACGUCAAGGCAAACCUGGGACAUUACCCGGCAUCUGGAUCCAGGAAUCUUCAACCAUAAGGGAAAUUAUGACGGCUUUCCUGACUUGAAGAGUAUGCGCUCCAAUGGUAGUUUACCCCAUAUUCGUCAUCGCGAAAGAGCAAUCUCCCCCACAUUUCCAGUGCUGCCACAUAUACGGUCAGGCCUGGGCCAGCCUUCAACCACAGCCAGCACGCUGGUUCUCCAAAUGGAGCACGAGCGAGAGAGGGGAAACCUGAGUCACUGCCUGAAAUUAGCUCAGGAGAGGGAAGAACUGGCAAAGGAACUCCAGAAAUACAGAGCGUACAGAUGCUCUAAAGAAGAAAUAAUAAGAGAAAAGUCGGUGGCUGAGAAGGGAGAGAAUGGUGAUGAUGAGCUUUUUCAGGGAUACGGGAGCCACACCUUGCCAUGCAGGCACAGGCAGAGCUACAAAGAAAGCUUUGGUCUGUCUCCAAGUCCUUGCUCUUCAACUGCCGAUGAUUUUCCCACAAUGAUGACAGGCAGGUCAGGUUCCGGUCCUUCCACUCCUCCGAAUUCCUUUUUUCUAAAUGCUGCUCACCAACAUCCUCCUCCAUCCUCAACCGCAGAGAUCCCCCUCAAAUGUGAGGGAGCAGACCACUCUGCCAAUAAGAGAUUAACACCCCCACAUCUCUCCCAAACAAUGAGACACGGAAAGGUACGGGAAACACCACAGGGCUAUGAUGAUGUACCGCCAUCCACAUUCUCCGAAAUGCAAACAAACGUAUCCUCCUCUGAGACAUUGAGACAACACAAUCCAUCUCUUCAUUGCCGCAUAUAUGGCGAAAGAUCCAAUGUGACUCUUGAUGCAGGCCCAGGCUACAAAGAUGCGGAGGAAGAGAUCCCCGAGCCCACUAAGCAGAAUAUGGGUAUAGAGAUGAGUGUGGACGAGCCAGCAUUUGAAGCGUGUGUCACGGAGCCUGCAAAAAAGCCAAUGGCGCACCACGGAUUCACCUCUCAAGUACCAGAAGGAUGCCCUCGCCAAGGCCGGAGUGAAGAAAUGAGGAGGAGCACAAGCUUUCACGACCAAGCUAAAUCUUCAGAGCCGCAACUGCGUAGAGCUGUGAGCCACGGUUCAAAACCAUGGGACUCCAAGCAGCAAAGGCACAACCUAGGCAAAAGAAGACAAAACGAUACGCAUUUCCUGACCCCUGAUGCAUGGAUAGAGUCUUUAAGCCGAGAAAAACAAUCUGAUUCCUCCGCCUUGAACCCAGACACUUUGCGCACUGAUCAAUCAAUCCCCCAAAAUUCUGCAAAUGUCCCUUCAGGGAGUCAAACUACGUACCACUUACCUCCUGGCAUGUAUCGUCCUAUGAGCAAGCCACGAAGGCGAAUACAGAAACCGAUUGUUAUUGCUGACCACAAAUUAAGAGAUGCUACAUGGCCUGAUGAAUAUCAGGAGGGCAUAAAAAAUGCACUGGGCUACUCGGGCUCAACUAUGAAUUUGGUAGCCGAUGACAACAAGCCACACAAAAACCGAGGCACACUAGAUUUGGAGGCAGAAGUCCAUGAGGAAGUACCUGAUUGUGGAAGCAGCUACAGUAGUUUUGCAAGCAGUGGCCGAGGGAGCAUGGAACCUGCAAACCGGCGCUUGUCUUUAAGUCAUUUGUCUACGAAGACCACCAGCUCACCUGAAACGGUAGAGGAGGACGGCCAGUCUAGCACAGUGGAUAUGCACGGUCACCAUAUGGAAAAGGGUCACAGCAGAAAGCCCUCCGUUGAUGAGAACUACGAGUGGGAUGAGGCUGAUAUCUGUUCACAGUCAGGAAACCGUGAUGGCCUUCUUCCUUCAUUGAACCGACGGAACGUUACAGCACUUUGUAGCCCUCCCAGCAUGGAGUUUUCAACUAAGCCCCUGACGAACUUCAAUGGGAGCUCUUCCCUUCAGGGGCAUCAAAGCAGCCGCUGUGCAUUGCCUCAACCUGACACUGUACUUUUCUGACAAUGUCAUCGUAUGUCAUUCAAUUAUUGAUCGCACCAGGCGACAAGAACGUAAGCACCUGAUUCAGCUGCUCUUUCUUUCCUUCAACAUUGUUUUUGUUUUUUGAGACCGAGUUGUUUUUUUUGCGUUUGUCACCUCUGCCAGUCAAGAUAGUUCUAGUCGAUUUAGUGUACUGGCUGAUGCAUCACAUCCUCUGUAUACUUUGACAAAAGUCUUGUCACGGUGGCGAGAUGCGGGUCAAAAAUAUGAUAUCAAUCUCCAUCUUGUGUUUCUGGCUGUGCCGUCGCGUGUACUUUCAUCGGAUUCAUACACUCCAUUGUCUAAAGUGUCAAACUCAUUUCACAUUGUGGGCCACAUACGGACUCGGUAGAUGUCAAGUGGGCCAAACCAGUAACAUGAUACCAUGCUGUGUUAUGAGUCACCAAAAUAUCAUCUCUUUUCUUUGUUUUGGUCUCAAGAAGCAUUGAUUGGCGCUUUCAUAUCAUUUGUUGCAUUGGGUCUAUCUCGGUAACAGACUGAGAAUGCUGUUUUCUUCCCCAAUCAAAACAAUGGUUGUCUUCUACUGUGAUCAAAACAGUGUGCCCCCUAGCGGAUAAUACACGAAUUGCAUUUUAUUUAAAAUAUUCAUUAUGUGUCUUUAAUGCAUUUCUUUCACUUUUAAAUGAUGCAGCGGGCCGGAUCGAACCUCCUUGGGGGCCGGUUCCGACCCGCGGGCCGUAUGUUUGACAUCCCUGGUCUAAAGGCAUUCCAUUCCAAUUGCUUCCUUCCAUGUGGCACAAUUCUAAUAUGGGUUAAUACGCGUGAAAAUGGAUAUCCUCAGAUAAGAUUCAGGUCUCAGGUGAAUGCGAAUCAGUCAUGAAUCAAUGCCAAUUGGAGGGCACCGUCUCGGCAUAAUGAAACAGACCCGUGCGUGACUACCCAAAGAAAUACAUCAAGAAAACAAUUGCUGACGCAGUCGGUGGGAGUAUUACAGAUGCAUUUAACCACCACAAUCCCUGGUGAGCCCAGUUCUACUAGACAGAAUAUGUAAUUUAAGAUUUGCAUGAUUUCUUCUUCCGUCUGUGUCGUCGCGAGCGGAUGUCGACUGACAUGCAGUCGUUGACCUGCGUUUUGGAUAUUGAGCACAUGCGAGGUUUUUCAGAGGUUCAUUAAAUGUUAACACAACGAUAUUGAUGUGGGCCAUUUGAAAGUCGAUGAAAAGGGAAAAGAAACGGGUGUGGGCGUUAAAUCAUAAUUGCUCACUCUGACCAUCAGUGUAAAUCCAGCAUAAAGAUCUCCCAAUACCGAUGUCACGUCCUCUCAUAAAAGAUUAACUAUGUCCUAUAAAUUUGGCAAUACACCAGAGAGUAAAAUGUCUAUCUUGCUCUUAAAGUGCAGCGAAUUGUCCAUCAAGCUGCUUUGAAUGUUGUUGCCGAAGAGAAUUUCUUUGUUCUUCAAUGCAAGACCACUUGUGCACUUAUCUUCACUUAUUGGAAGGAAUGAAGUGCUCUGCUUAGGAUUGCUCCUCAUAAAGACAAGAAGAGAAAGCUAUUAUGGGAGACUGUGUUGUAUCACAAAGAAACCACAUUCUUUAAAUAUUACUGACAGCAAUAAUUGGUACACAGAAAUGAUUAUUCAUCAAGUUUUCCCAUCAAUACGUCUUGCAUCAAUGUGAAGUCAUCUUCGGGACAGACUUUACAUUUCAUUUCAAGAUGAAAUGAAAGAUUGUCGUUGCCCAUCCGAUCGAUUUAUUCGGUGCGAAAUGCAUUUGGUGAAUGUGCAUGUUAUAGUUAUAAACUGAAAACAAACUACAACCAGUAGGGAUGUGAAUCUCAG